CGGGACACGGCCAUCCCCUGCCAGCUCCAGCCUUUAAAUCCCCAGCCUUGGGAGAUCCGCGCACCGGGUCCACCGACACCGAUCCAGCGCGCACGGCCACCCAUCCGAGCGCAAGCGCGGGCUCAGCCACCGACAUCUCGCCGCUGCCCCGGCCGCCCCGAACUCCGCUCCGCAGCCUCGGCCCUGGGAGAGUGACCCCCAGGCAUCAGAGAGCCCAGAUGCCGGCCCACUUGCUGCAAGAGGAGAUCUCUAGCUCCUACGCCACCGCCACCACCACCACCACCACCACCAUCACAGAGCCCCCCGCCAGGGUCCUGCCGAAUGGAGAAGGCCACUUGGAGAAGAGCCUCCUGCCCGCGGAGGAAGACAUCCGGCCUGAAAUGAAGGACGACAUCUAUGACCCAAGUUACAAGGAUAAGGAGGGCCCGAGGCCCAAGCUUGAGUAUGUUUGGAGGAACAUCAUCCUUAUGAGUCUGCUGCACUUGGGAGCCCUGUAUGGGAUCAUCCUGAUCCCCACCUGCAAGUUCUACACCUGGCUCUGGGGGUUCUCCUACUACAUCAUCAGUGCUCUGGGUAUCACAGCAGGAGCCCAUCGCCUGUGGAGUCACCGGAGCUACAAAGCUCGGCUGCCUCUGCGGGUCUUCCUGAUCAUCGCCAACACAAUGGCAUUCCAGAAUGAUGCUUACGAAUGGGCCCGGGAUCACCGUGUUCACCACAAGUUUUCAGAAACAGACGCUGAUCCCCACAAUGCCCGGCGUGGCUUUUUCUUCUCCCAUGUGGGUUGGCUGCUUGUGCGCAAACACCCAGCUGUCAAAGAGAAGGGUGCUUUGCUGGACUUGUCUGACCUAAAAGCUGAGAAGCUGCUGAUGUUCCAGAGGAGGCAUUACAAGCCCGCUGUCCUGCUGAUGUGCUUCAUCCUGCCCACACUUGUGCCCUGGUAUUUCUGGGGUGAAACUUUCAAACACAGCUUGUACGUUGCCACUUUCUUGCGGUAUGCCAUUGUGCUCAAUGCCACCUGGCUGGUGAAUAGUGCUGCCCACCUCUACGGAUAUCGCCCUUACGACAAGAACAUUAACCCACGGGAGAAUAUCCUGGUUUCCCUGGGAGCCGUGGGUGAGGGCUUCCACAACUACCAUCACUCCUUUCCCUAUGACUACUCCACCAGUGAGUACCGCUGGCACAUCAACUUAACCACAUUCUUCAUCGAUUGCAUGGCUGCCCUUGGUCUGGCUUACGACCGGAAGAAAGUAUCCAAGGCGGCCGUCUUGGCCAAGAUUAAAAGAACUGGAGAUGGAAGCUACAAGAGUGGCUGAGUUUUGGGUCCUCCAUUUUCCUUUUCAAAAGCCAGCCAGGCAGAGUUUUAAUGUUCUUUUUAUUAACUACUGAAUAAUGCUACCAGGAUGCUAAAGAUGAUGAGGUUAACCCAUUCCAGUAUUCUUUUAAAAUUCAAAAGUAUUGAAAGCCAACAACUCUGCCUUCAUGAUGCUAAGCUGAUACUCUUCUUUCUUCUCUUUUCUCCCCUGACUUCUAGACCCAUUGUCCUUUUCUUUGCUUUUUUCCUUUCACCUUCCUUUCUCUUCUCCCUCAUUGCCUCCCAGACAAGCAGCUGGUGAGGCAGUGGUGGGUAUCUUGCUUCUGAAGUCUAGACAACCUUUCUGUCAUCCCAAACUAAUGGUUUUGCCCCAGAUAAUUCUUUCCUUGAGAUGUUCUAAGCUUCAAGGUAGGUGGCUCAAGCUAGAGAUUUGACAAAAUCUUCUGGGAAGACCCCUAUUAGUUAUUUUCAUUUCAGACUUUUGCUAGAUGGAAUGGAAAAACAACUUUAUUUGUCUCAAAGCUUCUAAAGCAGGUAAAUUGUCAGGGGAGAGAGUUAGCGUGCAUGGUACGAUGGAUAAGUAAGGUGGCAAACAAAGCAAGAAGCUCCUGAUGUGAUCAAACAUACAGCUGCCGGCCCACUGCGGCCAUUGUGCCCCACCACCCAGCACGCAUCCUUUCUCUCCUGACUGUGAGUAGGGAAUGGCCAUGGAGCUUGGCAAUGCUAGACCACAGGAGUAAAUCUUAGGUCCCAAUAGACUCUAGGCUAGAGAUAAAGAGGAAGCAUUUAGUUUGUAAUACAAAUGAUCUUCAAUGGAGUUUUUUUCCUUUAAUAACAGGAAAAUUUCUUAUUUCAUAUACCAGAAAGUCUUGAGGUUGGUUGUUUCAGAACUGAUGAAUCCAGCAGCUCAUGGAAUCAUCAAAAUUCUUUCAUCUUUCUACUUUGCCAUCUGACCCUUGGGAUUUUGGUCAGCUCUACUCAGUAAUGCGAUAGCUGCAGCAUUUCCAGACAUCCAAAAAAGGAAUGUAUUGGUGGUAUAAUGGUGAGCAUUCCAAAAAAAGGAAGGAUUUUAGGAAGUAGGUUAAACAAAUACAUAUAUAUAUAUAUAUAUAUAUAUACAGAUAUACUUUGCUUAGAAUAUUAAUUCACUCAGAGUAUUUCCCUCUGAAAGAGGGAUGCUUGAAGAAGAGGAUAGGGGAUGGAGAGGUUGAAGAACAGGGUCUGUGGGCAGUUCCUGAGAGAUUAUUUUACAGAAGAAGGACUUUGAGAAUGCAUUGUCUGGGGAUUUGGAUUCAGAAGCUUACUAAGUAAAUUAUUGGGUGUCGUAAUAGGAAAGCUGGUUAUCCAAACAAGUUAGUUGUUAGGUUCACUCAUUGACUCCCAUUUCUCCUUGGAAUAAGUAAAAACUAGAAGGCUUUUUGCCAUAGUGUCGGACUAUUUCACUCAUUUCUUCUGUUAACAGGUAGCCCAGUGAUUUUCAAUCUCUUUCAUCUCAUGGCACACAUAAACUAAUUACUAAAAUUCUGCAGCACACCAAAAAAUAUUUUUGCCAAUCUAACAACAAAAAAAAAGAUAUACUUUUGAGUGAUUCACACCAGACGGCUAUUGUUGUGUUGGCUGUUGUCAUUUUUAUAUUUGACAAUCUAAGGAAAAAGAGGUCAGUGCCCCUGACUAAAUAGUCAGGUGCUGCAUGUUUUAAAAAGGCUUGUGGCACAAAUGGUUGAAAAUCACUGAUCUAGCCUAAAUAUAGAACUGCCUGGGGGCAAGUAGAAGUCUUUACCCUGGCUAUUGACUCCUGGCUCUACCCAAUCUGUCCAUUUCUCCUACCGGUUCUAUCUAUCCCCUGACCUUUUCUUUUUUUUCUGGACAGGCAGCCUCCUUUGUGUAUGCAGAGGCAGUGAUGGCUAUUGCUGUCCAGGCAGACAGAAUGCUCAGGGUCACUGAACCACUGUUUCCCUUUAUAAAGUUGCCCUAGCUGCCACUUUCACCUGGCCUCCAGAGUCUCUCCACCUACAGUCCUAUUAUCCCCUGCCACAGUGAUGACUCAAGACAAGGCUGGCAAACCCUAUUAGAAACAUCCCUGGCUCAGGCUCCCUCUCUCUCUCUCUCUCUCUCUCUCUCUCUCUCUCUCUCUCUC